AGGUGGCCCAUAUCCGAGCAGAAAGAGAUAUUUUGGUAGAAGCAGAUGGUGCCUGGGUAGUGAAGAUGUUUUACAGUUUUCAAGAUAAGAGGAACCUUUAUCUAAUCAUGGAAUUUCUCCCUGGAGGUGACAUGAUGACAUUGCUAAUGAAGAAAGACACCUUGACAGAAGAGGAAACACAGUUCUACAUUUCAGAGACUGUUCUGGCAAUAGAUGCAAUCCACCAGUUGGGUUUCAUCCAUCGGGAUAUUAAACCAGACAACCUUUUAUUGGAUGCCAAGGGUCAUGUAAAAUUAUCUGAUUUUGGUUUAUGCACGGGAUUAAAGAAAGCUCACAGGACUGAAUUCUACAGAAAUCUCACACACAACCCACCAAGUGACUUCUCAUUUCAGAACAUGAACUCAAAGAGGAAAGCAGAAACGUGGAAGAAGAAUAGGAGACAACUGGCAUAUUCCACAGUUGGGACGCCAGAUUACAUUGCUCCUGAAGUAUUCAUGCAGACUGGUUACAACAAAUUAUGUGACUGGUGGUCUUUGGGAGUGAUUAUGUAUGAAAUGCUAAUAGGAUAUCCACCUUUCUGCUCUGAAACACCUCAAGAAACAUACAGAAAAGUGAUGAACUGGAAAGAAACUCUGGUGUUUCCUCCGGAGGUACCUAUAUCUGAGAAAGCCAAGGACUUAAUUCUCAGAUUUUGUAUUGAUUCUGAAAACAGAAUUGGAAAUAGUGGAGUAGAAGAAAUAAAAGGUCAUCCCUUUUUUGAAGGUGUAGACUGGGGGCACAUAAGGGAAAGGCCAGCAGCAAUCCCUAUAGAAAUCAAAAGCAUUGAUGAUACGUCAAAUUUUGAUGACUUCCCUGAAUCUGAUAUUUUACAACCAGUGCCAAAUACCACAGAACCGGACUACAAAUCCAAAGACUGGGUUUUUCUCAAUUAUACCUAUAAAAGAUUUGAAGGGUUGACUCAACGUGGCUCUAUCCCCACCUACAUGAAAGCUGGGAAAUUAUGAAUGAAGAUCACAUUCGCCCACAACCAAGAGAACUCAGGUAGCUGCAUCACCAGGCUUGCUUGGCGUAGAUAACAAUACACUGAAAUACUCCUGAAGACGGUGGUGCUUAUCGACUACAAGAGGAAAUUCUACAGGAUUAGGAUUUCUAAGACUACUACAGGAAUUGGUUGGCAGUGCCAGCUGGCUUUUUUUUUUUUUAAUAUUUUAUUAUUUUUGUUAACUUUAUUAUACGAAGGUACUGGAAUAAAAGGAACGUACAUCCCUUUCUAACUGCACUGCCUACAUGCGUAUUAAGGUCCAUUCUGCCUGUGUGUGCCAUGGCUUUGAACUGUAACACCUCUAAUCAAUUCAGGAGAAACACAUAUCAUAUAAAGCAACAUAGGCUAACCUGUAGGUAACACUGCAGUACUGCUGUUUUACUGCAAAUCUUAUGGGUCUACAUAAUCAGUAAAAGCCAUCUUCCAUAGCUGGUGUUAGAACAUUUGCCCUAUUGGUUGGACAUCUGUAGAAUAUAUAUGAUGACAAUUUCUGUAAUGAUUUUAAGAAAUUUAAAAAGAAAUACACUGGUUCUUUAAAAAUAGAAUUUAUCAUCAAGUUAUUACACAAACUCCACAGUAGGGAGUGACAAGGUUAUAAGGAAGAGAAAGUUGAACACCUGCACUCAAGCACUCCACUAAUAUAUUUACUUUGCAUUCAGAAAUACUGAUGACCUUUAUAUACGUAGUCUGUAUACGCAUAGGGAGAUGUACUGUAUUAUAUAAAAUGUAAAGUUGCUUUUCUUGUGACAAGAAGAAUUCUUUUUUAACAAGAGGACAUGGCAUUAUUUUAAUUUGAUUAUGAUGAGUUGAAUUUAGGAAAUGACCAUGAAGGCUGCUUGUAGAACUAGUAUAUUUUUAUUAAAGUAUUUUUUUUAAAUGUCAAACUUCUGAUCAUGUAAAUGGACUUGUAGAGAACAAAAUGCUAUUUACUUUGGUUUUCUAGAAAGUUGUUACAUAUCAUGGCUAGUUAACUUUUAUUUCUUUUGAUGAAAAUUUUUCCUUUAAUAGUACUUGUAUUAUUGUGCCAUUAUUUUCUUAUGCUCCAAAUGUACCAAAGAUCCUGAACAGAGCAGAUGUUCACAACUGAGUAGAAUUUUACUUUCCUGUGGGAAUGCUGUAUUCAGACGUGAUAGAUCUUUGAUUGAAGUUGGCUUAUUCAAGGGCAAUAUUGUUCAUGUUUAGCUACAUCACUGUGGUUAAUCUAGAUGGAAUGAAGGAGGUAAAUGCAGGCCAGGGGGGUUGUGAUGAGAGGAUAUGGGAGAUAAUGUCAGCAUCAAAUUCUUUGGGUUUUUCCCUAAGAAUUAAGUAAUCUUUUCUAGCUCAAUAUUUUAAUUCUAAUUUAAACAACUCUCUGAGGUUUUGGUUUCUUAAGUACUAGUUGAGGAAUAAUACUUUAGCAAAGAAUGGCCUAAUGUUUGUCUUAACUGUUAAUUGAUAGAGUUUUUUAAAGAGACAAUAAUUAUAACCAUUACAAAUGAUCUGUGAUCAAAAUCUAAAGUGAUGAUUUAUUUGUAGGAAUGUCUUCCUCAUGGGAAAGAAUUGCAUAGGAUCAUUAUGCAAAUCUACAAAAAGCUUUUAUAAAUGUUGCUGCUAGGUAGCUCCACCAUGUUUUAGGCCAUCCUAUUCCUCCCACGCCCGCCUCCCCACACACAUACACUUUAUUUUGGUUUGUUUCUUUUUAGGUAUUUAUUGAGUACUUAUUAUGUGUUCAUCUAGUAGUUCAUCUCCAUUUUUCCAGCCUGGAUCACAUGACUGAGUAGUUGGGAGAGAGAGCUAUUAAAACUCUGGGGUUAUCUCAAUUUGACUAACUCUAAUUUUUCUAAUUAUAACUGCCUUUAAGUUUUUUAAAAAAAUCUUAAACUUCUGCUGGAGUCUGAGAUUUUUCACCCCACAUCACCCCCUUUUUUGAAAAAAAGAUUGUUUUGCUAGUGUGAUAAUGAAUAGGUAAGCUAUGAGGAAAUUACGACAUUCUGUAGUUCUGGUGUGGUAACUAUUCUAGUGCAGAAAAAUAUUAAUUCAAGAUGACAGAGGGAGAGACUGAGAUUGAUAUAAAGGAACUGAAUUAUCUAAGUUUACUUUUUAAUUGCAUAUGACUAGAGCAUUUUAGUUUUGAUUUCCCUCAUUCUUACUAUCGGAAAGAACUUGGAAAUGGUUAUAAUUUCUUGGCAAUGGAAGGGCAGUUCUGGAAAGCUUACUUUGUUUGGAGUCUCAUUCUUCCCUGGAGUUAAUAGAGUGAUUCACAAUCUUUGGGGUUUUCUCCUCAUCAAAAGUAUUUCUUAAGUGCCUAUCUAAAAGCAAUUAAAGACUGUGUUUGCCCUUUGGAAGCUAAGAAUUUGAUUCAUGAUGCAAAUUAACUACAUAAUUUGCAAGCACCCUUGAGACUGAAUUUUCUCUAUUAUACACAUCCCAUAUUUCAGGUGAAUCUUUAAUUUAAAUGACAAAACCCUAUCUAAUCAACUGGGCAUAGUGACAUUUUCUUUAAAUUAGACUCUAUUUUGAAUUAAAAGAGUUUUAUUAUAAACUGUGUGUUUUUGGUUUUUCUAAGUAUAUAGAAAGCUUGUAUAAUUCAGAUUUAUCAAUUUCCUGAUUUAAUGUAGACUUUGACUUUUUUAUUAAAAACCUUUAUAUUAAA